UGGCGACACCUGUAUUGUAUUUGAGUGCAGGUACAAUGUGCAAUGUCAGGUAGAUUUGUGUACGAGAAUUUCAGUUUUCAUGCAGCAACGUUCUAAAAUAAUGACAUAAGAUGUGUACGUGGAUGUAUGCCGUUUGGUUAGUUAUCUUACUCACUGCACCCUCAAUAGAUGGGCAGGCUACCGAACUAGUCAUUCAGCCACCAACUCUGGUAGCAAAAUUUAUGCUAGAGGCAACAGCAUUUUGUAGACCAGAGGGAAAUCCUGAACCACAAGAUCUUGAGUGGUGGGGUCCAUAUGAGAGGGAAAAGGGAAAAAUCACAGAUGACAUUAGCAAACGAGUGCACGUGAAGCUGGCUCAGAAUAACAAGGACCUUCAGUUGUACAUUCGAGAAGUGUGGCCCGAAGACCAGGGGGAAUACACCUGUGAAGCGAGAGCUAACGGUCAACCCAUAGUCAGACCUCUCACUGUAACGGUGUACCAGGAUAUCACAAUCGUAGAUGCACCACCUUUGCAAAAUCCUGUGAUUUACACCAAUGCCCUGAUCAAGUGCAAGGUAGAGGGAAAUCCAAAGCCAGAGGUGCAGUGGAUACGUGGUGGAACUGAAACUAUCAAUGCAGGUGGUCGAUAUACCUACGAACCUGAUGGCCUAAGAAUCGAAAAUAUUUUGGAAACCGACAAUGACCUAUACAUUUGCAGAGCCUAUGUGGCAGAGACGGGUGCAGCAAGGUCUAUUGAUAUCACAGUUGAGGUGCAUAUACCGCCAGAGAUCAACAUCCCUCCAGCUGCUUCCUUCGGGGUAGAAGGGUUUGAUGCAACAAUGAGCUGCUACUCGCUUGGCAAGCCUACGCCAGAAUACGAAUGGUUAAAGGGUAACCAACCGUUGAAUAACCCGAUCAAGUACCCGCAGUCUGGCAAUGAACUAAGGGUGACGAAGCUUACGAAGAUUCCGGAUGAGAGUACUUACUCCUGCAAGGCAGUGAAUCCUGCGGGGGAGGAUAAAGCAUCCGCAUUCCUAGACGUGAUCGUUCCUCCCAAGGUGCAGGUGAACGUGAACAAGACCGAGAUCGCAUCGCCAAAGGACGUCUACGUCAACUGUACGGUGUCCGGCGAGCCUCGACCGACGGUCAGCUGGUGGAAGAUCGGCAAGGACAAGCCGUACGUGGAGGACACUCAGCCGGACGAUUCGCGCAUCACGAUCAAAGCUGAGAAUGGUCCUCAGUAUCCGGGGGAGAUCCCCAGCACCAUCAGCCGACUACGCAUCAUCAACACCCGCCAUAGCGACAACGGCGUGUACCGUUGCCAGGGCAACAACCAGGCAGUCGAGUUGCUGCGAGACGAUGAGUUGAGGCAAAUAUGGCCGCCGUACCGGAUCGAGAACGAGCUGAUCGUGUUCU